AUGGGUUCAUCAACUAAGUUCCAUCAUGCCGACCACGUUAACUAUUCGUCAACUCUGAGUAAGGAAGAAAUUCUUGAACAGCUUCUGCUGUCCUAUGAAGGUCUAUCAGAGGGGCAAGUCAAUUGGGUUUGUAAUUUGUCAAACGCUUCGUCAUUGAUCUGGCAUGCGUACAAGUCAUUAGGUGUCGAUGUGAAUUGGGCUGGGUUUUACGUUACUCAAGGUAGCGAAGAAAAUACAAUGCUAUUGGGCCCAUUUCAAGGCAAGGUCGCUUGUCAAAUGAUUCAAUUUGGCAAAGGUGUUUGCGGAACUGCGGCUUUCACAAGAGAGACCCAGAUCGUCCCAGAUGUCAACAAAUAUCCAGGUCAUAUUGCGUGCGAUGGAGAAACCAAAAGCGAGAUCGUUGUUCCAAUCAUAUCCAAUGAUGGUAAGACAAUGGGUGUCAUAGACAUAGAUUGUUUGGAUUAUAAAGGAUUCGACGAAGUGGACAAAGAAUUCCUAGAAAGGCUUUCCAAAUUAAUUAAUAAAUCCUGUGUCUUUAAAUAA